CAGUCGAUGGCGGUAAUGCACCAUUUCGCUGAAGGAGAAGAAGAAGAAGAAGAAGCGAUUGUUUGGUAAUUUAUUUGGAUAAUGGCGGGUGUUUUAAGAGAGGAACAACUUGCCCGACAUGUUUAUUCUUCACUGGAGGCUGCGUGCUGCCCCUUGGUUGAAGGUCUGUACCUGCAGGAAGCAGACAGUAUGCUGCAGCUGCUGUGUUCUCCCUCACAGCACCGCACUGACAUACUAGCAUGGAUCUGCAGCAGUAUCAGCCCAAACUUUGCCAGUUCCAUGUUAGUGAGAGCCAAAGAGCCAGAUGUUUUGACAAAAGAUAUGGCUGUUCUCGGGCAGGAGCUCAUGCUGUGCAAAGCAUCUGAUCUGGACCUGAUCAGGGGUGAUGCAAGUCCUUGGCGGCAGCUUCGGUUCCUGGAGCAGCUUUUAACUCUUGUUCCAGGCUGCAUGAAGUCUGCUGGCCAAAGAGCUGAUGGAGCGGUGCUGCUGAAAGAGCUCUUUGCUCCUGAGAAUCUGCCUUACCUGCAACAGAUGCUCAAUCCUGCGUUCGACCCUUGGCCUACACACAUCAAGGCUUUAUUCAAGAACACGAAGUCAUCUCAUAAGCCAAUCAGAGAAGAAACAGGUGAUGUUGUCGCCCGUCUGCAGGUGAUUCAGUCAGAACUGGAGCAGCUACAGUCAAAGUGUGUGUUCCUGAACAGCGAGGCCCAGAGUCCUCCCGCCUUCUCUCCAAGCUCACUGCGUGUAGCAGCGUGUGACCUCCAGCAGCUGAUGGCCACUUUCAGCCAUGUUUAUGAGACAGAUUUGAGAGCUUACUGCACCAGAGAGCCCCCCAGCUUUAGUUUGGAGACCAGUGUCUUCCAGAGGGUCCACCAGCUACUGCUGGCCUGCAACACGGAGUUGGAAAUGCUGAAGGAGGUAUCAGAAUCUUCCGAGUCCAUAAGUGAGGAAGUAAAGUGGCUUCAAACACAUCCUCGAUACUGGAGCCGAGGAGAGAAGCGCACAUUGCCUGAUCAACUGGAAAAGGUUAUUGGGCGAAUUGGAGACGUUCUUUCCCAACUUAAUUCCUGAUGGCAUCGCUUAGACUCCUCAAAGUCAUGCAGGAGGAAGAGGAGGGUCUGAGCUGUGGUGGUGUUAAGACUUGUGGGAAACAGCCAUCGUUACAGAAUCACACACCUGUGUGUGCAUACACCCUGAUCUAAUUUGAGCAUGACUGACAUUUUGGGCAAGUUUGCAUAUUUGGUCACAUCAGAAUAUGGCCGACAAUUUAUUCAAAACACGAGUUACUGUAGUUGUGUGGUGAGAAUUUGUCCCUCUAACUUUUCUUGUCCUGUGCUGCACUCACUGUGAAUGUUGAGAUUUCUGAACUUCAUUAAUAAAUAAAUGCUUUUUGGAACCA